AAGCGGUCGCUGUACAUGUAGGAUAUGUCAGCUCCCCAUCUCUUCAUUUAGUCUUGAAAACGUUGACGGUUUUAUUGAAAGAGAUUUACUACAGUGCACAUAGCCUAUAUAUUUUAACUUCGGUAGGCCUAUGUAGCCCAUGCACUGUGUAGAGAAUCCUAAACAGCUUGUUCUGAAGAGCAACAGUAGCCCAUACGUGUCGCAAACUUGCCUUUGCCAUCUUCUCGACGCGCGGUGAGAGGCAGCUUGUGGGACCAGUCUCCCUACAGAGCAGUGAGGUUUCUGCGGACAUCUGCACACGGAUACAAACACCAUCAGACGUGAUGGACUCUGACCCAGCUGGGAAGACGAGGACGAGCAGAGACUCCAAAGUGGACGUGUCUUCAUCUGAAUCUGACAGUUGUGUCAACAGUGUCCAGCAGGGGGCGUCAGGCACAGAGUCCAAGAGGCCAGAUGGGACCCGGGUCAGAGGACAGAGGGACUCUACUGCAGGACACAGAUGGACACCAGAGGAGGCAGAGGUCUAUGAGAAAUUCCGUUCUACACUGAAGAGCAAGUUUCAGCAUCUGAAUGAGGGAGUACCUAAUCAGGGAGAAACCAGACUCCUCCAUGAGAUCUACACAGACCUCUACAUCACAGAGGGAGGAGGAGGGGUCAAUGAUGAACAUGAGGUCAGACAGAUAGAGAGAGCAUCCUGGAGAGAAGCAGCACAAAGCAGGCCAAUCAAAUGCAGUGACAUUUUUAAACCCCUCUCUGGACAUCACAAAUCCAUUAGAACAGUGCUGACAACGGGAGUGGCUGGCAUUGGGAAAACAGUCUCUGUGCAGAAGUUUAUCCUGGACUGGACUGAAGGAGAAACCAAUCAGGAUGUCCACUACAUAUUUCCUCUUCCUUUCCGAGAGUUGAACCUGAUGAUGGACAAGCAGCUUAGUCUGGUGGAGCUUAUUCAACACUUAUUCCCAGAAAUAAAAGAUUUGAAAAUCCUCACCAACUCAAAGCACAAAGUCAUGUUCAUCUUUGAUGGUCUUGAUGAGUGUCGACUUACCCUAGAUUUCCGUUCCAACCUGAGUUAUUGUGAUGUGACUACUACGCCAGUUUCAGUGAAUGUACUGCUGACAAACCUUAUCAAGAGAAAUCUGCUUCCCUCUGCCCUUCUCUGGAUUACCACCCGACCAGCAGCAGCCAGUCAGAUCCCUCCUAAAUAUGUGGAUCAGGUGACAGAAAUAAGGGGGUUCAAUGACCCACAGAAAGAGAAGUACUUCAGGAAGAGAAUCAGUGAUGAGAACCUGGCCCUUAGGACCAUCACACACCUGAAGUCAUCCAGAAGCCUCUACAUCAUGUGCCACAUUCCAGUCUUCUGCUGGAUUUCAGCCACAGUGGUAGAGAGAACAUCAUUUGAAUCAGAAAAAGUAGGAAUGCCAAGAACUCUCACUCAAAUGUACACACACUUCCUGAUCAUUCAGACAAGCAUCAAAAAUGUCAAGUACACAGAGAGAAAAGAGACAGAUGAAGAGAUAGUUUUCAAACUGGCGAAGAUGGCUUUCCAGCAGCUGGAGAAGGGCAAUCUGAUCUUCUAUGAGGAAGACCUGAGAGAAUGUGCCAUUGAUGUCACAGAAGCAUCAGUGUACUCAGGAGUGUGUACUCAGAUCUUCAGAGAGGAGUCUGGGCUGUACCAGGGGAAGGUCUUCAGCUUUGUGCAUCUGAGCAUUCAAGAGUUUCUUGCAGCUUUGUAUGUGUUCAUAUGCUUCAGACAUACAGAGAGAAGCAUGUCUGACCAACAGCAAACCUCUCAGCUCUCUGCGCUAUUCAGAGCUGCGACAUUGCAUGACCUACACAAGACUGCAGUGGACCUGGCCUUACAGAGUGAGAAUGGAUACCUGGACCUUUUCCUCCGCUUUCUCUUGGGCCUCUCACUGGAGUCCAAUCAGGAACUCUUAAUGCACCUACUGCCACAGACAAGAAGUCAACCACAGAGCUAUGAGCAAACAGUCCAGUAUAUCAAACAGAAGAUCAGAGAUCAACAUAAUUCAAAUAGAAUGAUCAACCUUUUCUACUGUCUGAAUGAGCUGAAUCGUCAUGCUGUAGUGGAGGUGAUUGACAGGAGCUCUGGAACUCUGUCUGUAGACAUGCUAUUACCAGGACAGUGGGAGACUAGGAGAUUUAGAUUUAAGAUGCCAGAGGAGCAGCUGGAUGAGUUUGACCUGCAGAAGUACAUAAAGACACCAGAGACUGAUGAGACUGAACUCCUCAGUCCAGAUGAAGUUCUGCAGAGGCUGGUGCCAGUGGUCACAUCAGCACAGCUGAGUGGUUGUUCCCUCACAGAGAAGAGCUGUGCUGUGAUAGCGUCAGCUGCCAGAUCAAACUCCUGCAGUUUGAAGGAGCUGAACCUGAGUUGGAAUGAGCUUCAUGAUGCAGGAGUUCAGCAUCUCUCAGAGCUCCUCAAGAAUCCCCUCUGCAAACUGGAGAAACUAGAGCUGAUUGGUUGUUUCCUCACAGAGAAGAGCUGUGCUGUGAUAGCGUCAGCUGCCAGAUCAAACUCCUGCAGUUUGAAGGAGCUGCACCUGAGUAGCAAUGAGCUUCAUGAUGCAGGAGUUCAGCAUCUCUCAGAGCUCCUCAAGAAUCCCCACUGCAAACUGGAGAAACUAGAGCUGAUGCAGUGUUCCCUCACAGAGAAGAGCUGUGCUGUGAUAGCGUCAGCUGCCAGAUCAAACUCCUGCAGUUUGAAGGAGCUGAACCUGAGUUGGAAUGAGCUUCAUGAUGCAGGAGUUCAGCAUCUCUCAGAGCUCUUCAAGAAUCCCCACUGCAAACUGGAGACACUAGUGCUGAUUGAGUGUUCCCUCACAGAGAAGAGCUGUGCUGUGAUAGCGUCAGCUGCCAGAUCAAACUCCUGCAGUUUGAAGGAGCUGAACCUGAGGGACAAUGAGCUUCAUGAUGCAGGAGUUCAGCAUCUCUCAGAGCUCCUCAAGAAUCCCCUCUGCAAACUGGAGAAACUAGUGCUGUUUAGGUGUUCCCUCACAGAGAAGAGCUGUGCUGUGAUAGCAUCAGCUGCCAGAUCAAACUCCUGCAGUUUGAAGGAGCUGAACCUGAGUCUCAAUGAGCUUCAUGAUGCAGGAGUUCAGCAUCUCUCAGAGCUCCUCAAGAAUCCCCUCUGCAAACUGGAGAAACUAGUGCUGAUGCAGUGUUCCCUCACAGAGAAGAGCUGUGCUGUGAUAGCGUCAGCUGCCAGAUCAAACUCCUGCAGUUUGAAGGAGCUGAACCUGAGUUGGAAUGAGCUUCAUGAUGCAGGAGUUCAGCAUCUCUCAGAGUUCCUCAAGAAUCCCCACUGCAAACUGGAGAAACUAAAGCUGAUGCAGUGUUCCCUCACAGAGAAGAGCUGUGCUGUGAUAGCGUCAGCUGCCAGAUCAAACUCCUGCAGUUUGAAGGAGCUGAACCUGAGGGGAAAUGAGCUUCAUGAUGCAGGAGUUCAGCAUCUCUCAGAGCUCUUCAAGAAUCCCCACUGCAAACUGGAGAAACUAGAAGUGGAUGAUCGUAUCUUCCUAAAGGAGAGUCCAGCAGCAGCAGCAGCCUCUGCUAGCAGCUCCCACUCAGAUGCUGCAGAGCUGCACCUCAGAGACAGAGUGGAUGAUCGUACCUUCCGAAAGGAGAGUCCAGCAGCAGCAGCAGCCUCUGCUAGCAGCUCCCACUCAGAUGCUGCAGAGCUGCACCUCAGAGACAAAGUCCAGCAGGACCCAGGAGCACAGCUGCUCUCUCUGGACACUCACACGCUGAUGCAGUGUUCCCUCACAGAGAAGAGCUGUGCUGUGAUAGCGUCAGCUGCCAGAUCAAACUCCUGCAGUUUGAAGGAGCUGAACCUGAGGGGAAAUGAGCUUCAUGAUGCAGGAGUUCAGCAUCUCUCAGAGCUCUUCAAGAAUCCCCACUGCAAACUGGAGAAACUAGAAGUGGAUGAUCGUAUCUUCCUAAAGGAGAGUCCAGCAGCAGCAGCAGCCUCUGCUAGCAGCUCCCACUCAGAUGCUGCAGAGCUGCACCUCAGAGACAGAGUGGAUGAUCGUACCUUCCGAAAGGAGAGUCCAGCAGCAGCAGCAGCCUCUGCUAGCAGCUCCCACUCAGAUGCUGCAGAGCUGCACCUCAGAGACAAAGUCCAGCAGGACCCAGGAGCACAGCUGCUCUCUCUGGACACUCACACAGUGGCUGGUCGUACCUUCCUGAAGGAGAGUCCAGCAGCAGCAGCAGCCUCUGCUAGCAGCUCCCACUCAGAUGCUGCAGAGCUGCACCUCAGAGACAAAGUCCAGCAGGACCCAGGAGCACAGCUGCUCUCUCUGGACACACACACGGAAGAUCACCACAAUGAUGUCCCACAGAGGAGCUGUGAGUCCUGUGCUGAAGUUCCAGACUCCAGCCACUGGGUCCUGGUGAAGCCUGAAGUCUCCACAGAGGAGAGCGUCUCCACCUACAGCCUAAGUUCUCCUGCAGGGAGCUAUGAGUGCCCAGAGUCUGGUCUGCGCUGGACGUGUGCUGGUCCAGUCACCCUGCAGUACCACUUCACUGACUGGCAUGUCUUUGCUGAAGAGCUGGCCCACAUGCAGUUCAGACCAGCUGGUCCUCUGAUGGACAUCAGGGUCAAGUCAGGAGAGCUGGAGGAGAUCCAUCUGCCACAUUUCCUCUGUUUGGGGGGUUCUGAGGCAUCUGUGUGUGAUGCUGUGAGGGUCCUGCAUGGGCGGGAGAGUGGAGUGUGUGUGGAGGUGUGUGAGCUGACCAGACACCAUGCCAGGCUUGUCCACCCCUCCUUCUCUCUGUUUGGGGUGGUGUAUUACCUGAGGGAUCUGAUUUCUCCUAAAGUCCACUGUGAGCUGCUGCUCUUCUGCACCUGCACCGCUCCCCUGGUUCUCCACACCUACCUGGUGCCCAAUGACCCAGCUCACAUCCAGGCCAUCCACCAGAAGGAGGAGAAGAGGGGUGUGUGGGUCGACAAACCCUGCGUCUUGGGCUCACUCCGGGAGAUGGACACCUUUUGUGUGAGGACAUCGUGUCCGUCUGAGAUCCAGCCUGAGAAGAUGAACCUGUGGCCGCUCUCCACUGGUAACUUCUGUGAGGUGUACAUGGAGCAGCCAGAGGAGGAGUUUGAUAUGGAGGUCUUCAGUUCUCAGCAGCCCAUCUGGAGAUCCAAGAUCCGCAGACGCGACUACUGCCAGCCCAGCAGGAGCCCAGGACAGGGCAGCAGCCAGGGGGCUAUCACAGAAUAUUCUAUCCAAAGCGACAUACAGCAAUAGAAUAACAUCAGUGUAGAGGAGAAUGUACCUGGAACUACCACUGCAUCUGUUGAUACUAGGACCCAGCGAUUGCAAGUAGGCUAGGCUAUGCAGACAGCGUACUGACGCUUGCUUGGAUGCUGUUGGUUGGACUAAGUUGGCGUUAACUUUUCUGUUUGAUUUGUUUUAUUAUUUAUUUGAUACUUGUUUAUUUGUUUGUCUGUCUUGUGCUGUGUAGGCUACGCUGGCGAUUACGCCGCUCUGUCCGGCUUUUUUGGUCUUGUGCACAUUGUCUUUUGGGACCUAAUGAGUGUUUGUCUGUGUUUGUCUGUGUUGUUUUAUUGUUUGUUGAUUUUUGUUUGGUGUCUGUCUUUGUAUGUCUUGUGUCACGGGUACGCUGGCUAUUAAGCCGCUCCGUCCGGCAUUAUUUAUUUUUGUGUAGCGAUUUGUUAUUUUUUACAUUUGUUUGUUUGUCGUUGGUGUUACGGGCACGCUGGCGACUACGCCGGCCUGUCUAACCUCUGAUGUUUUAUGUUUCUUGUUUAUCUGAUUAUUAUUUAGCCUAUACAUAGCUACAUAUUCCUCUUCUUUUUCUUUCUAUUUCAUCAUUAUUAUUAUUAUCAUUUAAUUAUUUCAUGUAUUAUUAUUUUAUUAUUUGCCUUUUGUAUCUUUGUAUUGUUCUUGUUUUGUUAUUUUGAUUAUUGUUGUCGUAUGUUUUCAAACUCAGGGCAUUGCUGUAAAAGAGCUUGAUGCUCAGUCAAUUUCUCCCUGAAUAAAAAACGGUUGAUGAUGAUGAUAGAGA